CCGAGUCGGGGGAGGGACGUCGAGACGCCAUUUUCGGCGGCGGGAGCGGCGGAGCCGGAGCAGAGCUGGAGUCGGCGGGCGCAGGGCGGCGGCUACAGGGAGGAGCCGCGGGAGACAGCGCUCGCGGGCGGCCGAGGAUGCUGCGGGGCGGCCCCGCCAGCGCCCCUCGCUCGUGACCGCGGCGCCGCUCCUGAGGCAGCCGAGGCGGAGGGCCCCGCGCAAUCCUGCUCCGCGCACGCGCCCCGCGACCUCCCGGUGCUGACAGCGCGAGCGCGCGGCCCCGCGGGAGCAGCACGAAUGUAUGACAACAUGUCCACAAUGGUGUAUAUAAAGGAAGACAAGUUGGAGAAGCUUACACAGGAUGAGAUUAUUUCUAAGACAAAGCAAGUGAUUCAGGGGCUGGAAGCUCUGAAGAACGAGCAUAAUUCCAUUUUACAAAGUUUACUGGAAACACUGAAGUGUUUGAAGAAAGAUGAUGAAAGUAAUCUGGUGGAGGAGAAAUCAAACAUGAUCCGGAAGUCACUGGAAAUGCUGGAGCUUGGCCUGAGUGAGGCACAGGUUAUGAUGGCUUUGUCCAAUCACCUGAAUGCUGUCGAGUCGGAGAAACAGAAGCUGCGGGCACAGGUUCGUCGCCUGUGCCAGGAGAAUCAGUGGCUGCGGGAUGAAUUGGCCAACACGCAGCAGAAGUUACAGAAGAGUGAGCAAUCUGUGGCUCAACUGGAGGAAGAAAAGAAGCAUCUGGAAUUCAUGAAUCAGUUAAAAAAAUACGAUGAUGACAUCUCUCCAUCUGAGGACAAAGACACUGAUUCCACCAAAGAACCUCUGGAUGACCUUUUCCCAAAUGAUGACGACGAACCCGGCCAAGGAAUCCAGCAGCAACACAGCAGUGCAGCGGCCGCGGCGCAGCAGGGUGGCUACGAGAUCCCGGCGCGCCUGCGCACUCUGCACAACCUGGUCAUCCAGUACGCCUCCCAGGGGCGCUACGAGGUGGCCGUGCCGCUCUGCAAGCAGGCCCUGGAGGACCUGGAGAAGACUUCGGGCCACGACCACCCGGACGUGGCUACCAUGCUGAACAUCCUGGCCUUGGUGUACAGAGACCAGAAUAAAUACAAAGAUGCCGCAAAUCUACUGAACGAUGCCUUGGCCAUCCGUGAAAAAACUUUGGGCAAAGAUCAUCCCGCGGUGGCGGCCACUCUGAAUAACCUUGCAGUGCUGUACGGCAAGAGAGGGAAGUACAAAGAGGCCGAGCCGCUGUGUAAAAGAGCCCUGGAGAUCAGAGAAAAGGUUUUGGGAAAGGAUCACCCCGAUGUUGCUAAGCAGUUGAACAACUUGGCCUUACUGUGCCAGAAUCAGGGCAAAUAUGAAGAAGUAGAAUAUUAUUAUCAAAGAGCCCUUGAGAUCUACCAAACAAAACUGGGGCCUGACGACCCCAAUGUGGCCAAAACAAAAAAUAACCUGGCCUCCUGCUAUCUGAAGCAAGGAAAAUUCAAGCAAGCAGAAACACUGUACAAAGAGAUUCUCACUCGUGCACACGAAAGGGAGUUCGGUUCUGUGGAUGAUGAAAAUAAACCCAUUUGGAUGCACGCUGAAGAAAGAGAAGAAUGCAAAGGAAAGCAAAAGGAUGGGACAUCUUUUGGAGAAUAUGGCGGCUGGUACAAAGCCUGCAAAGUUGAUAGUCCGACUGUUACAACUACUUUGAAAAACCUCGGGGCACUUUAUAGACGACAAGGCAAAUUUGAAGCUGCGGAAACAUUGGAAGAAGCAGCCAUGAGGUCCCGUAAACAGGGUCUUGACAAUGUUCACAAACAGAGAGUAGCUGAAGUGCUGAAUGACCCUGAGAACAUGGAGAAGCGGAGAAGCCGGGAGAGCCUGAACGUGGACGUGGUCAAGUACGAGAGCGGCCCUGACGGAGGGGAGGAAGUGAGUAUGAGCGUAGAGUGGAACGGGGUAAGUACAGUACACAGCCGCCGGCGUGCUCGGCCAGGCGCUCUGUCCCCGCGUCCCCCGGCCGCGGCCUGGGCCAGUGUCCUGCAGGGGUGCCUGCCAGCACUUUCCUCUUGUCUUAUGUGCCAGACACUUUCCUGUUCUCAAAUUACGUACAAAAUUAAGAUUUCUGUAAGUUUUUACCUUCUGCUAAUGAUGAAGUGUGUUAUUUGUUUGAAGUGGUAAUUUUCUUCUCCAUAGGAACCCAUGAAAGCUGUUUGGCUUAACUUUGAGCACUUAAAUGCUGAUUGAGUGUCCUGGUUAUUUAAAGCAUAAUCCAUAACCUGGAUUUAUUUUAAUAUUAGGAUUAGCGUGGCAGAUAACUAACUCGCUUUGUUAACUUAACCCAUUUUCAUCGCUAACUCCAGCGCUCCUAAUUUCACUGACCAGGCUGCUGUCGAUUUUGUUAGAAGUAAUUCAGAUUCCUUCAAGGGAGAUGAUGUUGUCAAGUAGAACUUGUCUCUAGGAAAGAACAGGUUGGGAUGGCUGCUGUUCGUGUCCCACCUCAGUGCUGAAUAUCAUGUUUCCCCUGGGGGUCCAGGGGCUCAUCUCUCUCCACUGUCAUCUGCCAGAGGUUCUCGGACGCAGAACUGCAGAACUCGUGCCUGUGUUUGGGACCUAUCCCUCCAGGCUCUGCCUCUGGGUUUCACGACUUUGCCUUUAUGGAUGUUCUUGCCACUGCUGUUUACCCAGUGGUCGCCGAGGAGCGUGUGGCCUUCUGAACAUUUUUUUUUCUAGUGUAUUUUGGUCACACGUGGGUAAUAUUUUUGUCUAUUGAGCUGGUAUCUGUGGGAUUUUGCUUUUAUCAGAGAGGACUGAAAGCAGGAUUAGCUUUAACGCAUCCAGGUGCACUCUCGAUUUUUUUAUCAUUAUUAUUUUUUGAAGUUGUGGUCCAGUUGGAUUAGCUGAUAUGGUGCAGAUGUUUUGCCAAAUAGUAGUUUCGGGUUUUUCUAUACUCCAUCUUUUUGAGUGUAUUUAUUUGGGAUUUUUCUAUAGCUGUAGCGGUUUGGUAAGGAUUAGCAUUCUAAGCAGACACUUUGUACGUAAUGUUAGGGGUCAGAGUUUCAGAGAGAACAUCUUUUGACCGUCUUUACCUGGCAGCUGCCUCGCUUUGGGUUUUCCUGUGCCAAGACAACCAAUCAGCAUCCGCUUUGACCAUCCCCCUGUCGGGCUGUAGUCCAAACAAAACGACGAUGGCGCAGGCCCUCCUCUUGCCCACAUCUGGCCACACUGUGUACUGUACUCUCCCCAUGGUUCCUGUCGUCCUGCAUGCCUGUGUAGAGGGCCACGUCCCUUCUCCGGCCUUUGGAAGCCAGGGUGCAGAUUUGAUACUCUCGAAUGAAGUUCUGGAGGAGCUGUUUCUUGAGACAGUAUUUCUAGGUCAACCUUCCUGUGAAAUCCUAUCAUAAAGUGACUGACAACGUGGAGUUGUGUUACGUCUUCAAGACUGAGACUCAGGGAUGAGGGAGAGGCGCUUCCCAUCCAGGGUGGAGGGCUGGUAGGCAGCUAGUCAGGCCUGCUGCGGGGUCCCAGAGGCCGUGGGCACAACAGUCACUCCUCUGGAGCACACGCUUGGCCCUCUUUCCAUUUCACAUUUCCCGUCUCACUUUGGACAUGCUCUCACUUAGGACGCUCACACGCCAGGCUUUGGACCCCUUUUUACUUGACAUUAGACACUAGGAGCUCUGCAUCUUUGACAGGAUCCAUCACAGGGCUCAUCGAUUGGCUGUGGGGUCCGUUGGCUGAGAGAAUCUAGAUUCCAGAUCUUAAGUCCUUCCUAAAACUCGCUUUGAGCAGCAGAAGGAUCCCUUUUUUCAGAGUCUCAGCUCAAACAGUGGCGACUUGAGAACUGCCCAGGUUAACCAGGCGGGGAGCCUCCCAGGUUGGCGUGAACACCGCUGGGCCCCCGAGGCUCCUGCUCACAUUCAGUCCGCCCUCACCUUUGAGGGAAAGCCAUAGCUCUCAGCUUCUGAGGUGGUGGUACUGAGCUGUCCUGAUACAUGGUCGAAGUUUCAUUUUCAAAGCAUCCUUGUUCUGCUUUAAGAAGAGACCUGAUAAAAGGCAGUAUGCACCCUUGCAUUUUUUUUUUUUUUGAGUCAGCCUGGUUGAGGGGUAGUUUUGUGCAACCAAAGGAGCCCGGUUUAAGUGUCAGCUUCCAGUGAGAAGCUGGUAGACUGCAGUCCCCACGCUAGUCUUUGUUCAGGUGUGAGAACAAAUGUCUCUUGCCCUCUGUGUAUGAGUGCGGAGUUCCCCCAGAUGACAACGGGUUUAAGGACCGUUGCCACCUGCAAGCGCUAACCGGUGUGCCGCAAGAGUUUCUAGUGUUACGCAGUCCAGAUAAACUAGAAACGAGUUGGGAGUUGAGGUGGGUGUCAGGGCUAGGCCUGUCCUCUGUAAUUUCACGCCACAAAUCGUGAGUUUCUGUUGGUGGCUUCAGGGUUUUCCUGGCUUAUUUUAUCAUCCCAAGAACCUGUUUUACAUUUAUAAUGAGAAAAUGCCACCUAGAUUUUAUGUUGGCGUUCCGCAUUAGAGUUUUUAAGUCUUUGAAAAACGGUUUCAGUGCUCUUUAAAAAGUUUAAAAACCGCUACCUUAGGAAAAAGCAUCGUGUCGCUCUGUCGGGCAAGUGCUAGUCUAGUGGGGAGGAUGGCGGGCGUAGGCCUGGCUGCCCGGUUCCGUGAUCAGAGCCGCUUAUGCCAGACUGAGUACGUGUCCUCAUUCUCCACCCUCAGAAGUAACGUCUAAAACAGAGGGCACCUAGUCCGAGAUCAGGCACACUAGGCAUAGUUGCUCCCUGCAGAUAGUGAGAGUCUGGGUCUCAGCACAGGACUGAAUUCUGUGCUAUUAAAAUGCAAGAAAAGUAAGGUUACUGGAUAUAUUGUAACAAUUCAUAGGAAAUUUUUGGGUCAAAUUCUUAGGGAAGUGCAGUUCUGUUCUUUUAGGUAUGUACCAUAAAGAUUGUGAUUAAAGUGUGACUUCCUCAAACUUAUUUUUGUACAAAGUGUACAGAUCUGAAAAGCAUUGUCAAGAGAAGCCCGAGUUCUCUUUUAUGGUCCUGCUAAAAAUGCAGAUGCUGUGUGCACAGGAAUGCUUCCUGAUACAUCGGAUUCCCUUUACCCUCUGUCCACACGGCUUUGUGUUCACUGAGGGCUGGUUCCCUUCAGAUACACGGGAGUCCCUGGGCUGCCUGGUUACUAAGCAGUCGUAUCUGCAGCCAUGCCACGAGGGCCCCAGGAGACCUCGCAUGAGGACCCAGGGCCCCCAAGUCAGUCUUCUGCGCUCUGUCUCGAUUUGCGCUGCCAGUGCCCUGCAGGCUCCUUCGGGGGGAGCCCGCCCACCUCCCUGUGUUAGUGCUCGUGAGAGCUUCUGAUCCACUGAAGUCUUGCCUGAGAUUAUGAGGAAUGGGACAGUACAUGCUGUUAAUUAGAAAUAGGCUUUUUACUUUUAAAAGUUAUAUUAGGAACACAACUAGAAUGUAACAAAAAAUAGUAAAUCACCUGAAAUCUGUACUUAAUAACUACUGCCCUGUGUUUCUCAGCCAAUACGCUAUACACUUCUGUUCAGAAACCCACUUUUUUGACGUAAAUACGCUUUCAUGGCGGUCAGUGGAAAGUAGUAGAGGCCCCCUGAAUAGAAGCCCACCGGGGUUGGGGCGGGUUCCCACCGCACUUCCGCUGGUUCUGGAUGGCGAGGGGAGGGUGGGCAGCCUGCCCCAGCGCCCCUUCCCCAGCGGGGGGCUGCUUCCGGAACCUGGGUCCUGCGGGCCUGCGGGGGAGGGGGAUGUUCACCGUGAAGUCCUUCUCCCGAGGUCCGCGGAGGGUCUGGUCCGGGAGCGCUGCCAGUAACACUGCUGGAGCGUAGCGAUGAGUUGGGGGGUGAACAGCAGGUGUACGGUUUGUGGAGUUAACGUUUUAAUGUCCUUUUUCUGAAAGACCAACAAGAACUUAUGUUUUCUUGUCCUCCCAGCAUUCGUGGGGAGUUGGUAACAAAUUUUAUUUUUCCAUUUUAAAGAUGAGAAAAAUGAAGCUCGGGCUGGUUAAAUGACUUGCUCAGCGUCCCAUGGUGAGUCAGAGCGGGCAGGGGCUCAGGUCCCCGCUGUCUGGGGCUUCGGUACAAGACCGUUGGGUUUCCAGUCUGCUGAGACCCAGGAUGCAUUGCUGCCUGUGGAAUCCAUUUUCCAUAACUAAUUUUAUUUUGGAUUACCGACUGCAUGUUUAAAAUGUGCUGAAGAUUCUUAAAGUCCGUGGUUUCUUAAAGUUUCUGAAAUGUCUAAACUGUUAGUGCUUUCAAGGGAAAGUCCUCCCUGAUUUCAGAGAGAACUUUAUAGUCUAGGGAUGCAGAAGGAUUUCCGACGAAGUUAAAGAUCAUGAACGUGCCAUUCCCGUGUGUAGCCUCUUUUUCCGGUGACUGUCAAGUCAUUUCAUUGUGGGAUCUCCUUUGUGGACAGUUGCCGGAAAACCUCGUUACAGUAAGUACCAUGGAGAUUUCUAGCACAGUGCCAAGCCAUGCUCUGAAACUGGAAUUUUAUUUUGAUGGCAGGAGUAACUAGUCUUAAUAAGGUAUGUGACCGAUAACGUGUGGCCCGGUGCCUCUUUGUGCCCGGCUGAUGUGAGCAGGCAGAAGGUAAUCCCAGAUACUGAAGCGAUUCAGAGCACCGCUGAGAUCCGUGACCUAGAAAUACUGUGAGCCGCGCUGCGCUCGUGGGGGUGGCUCUCUGCUCACAGCGGUUUCACUGGGCUCUCUCUCCGUUUCUGUCUGACAGGCCUAGCUGCCCUCUGUGACGCUCACACUGUCUCCUGCAUGACGGGCGGCUCCUCCGGCUUUACUUCCCUCUCCAGUGCUGACUGCUGUGUGUAGCAAUCCCCUAGGAUUCUUGUCAGAGCUCCACCUCUCUGUGACUGGCCAUCCCUUUCGGUGCUGCUGUCCUUUCGGGGGGUUCCUUAUCUCUGUAUACAUGUAGCUUUGCCAGAUAUGUACGUAGUAAUAUAAACUGUGUUAAUAAAAACCAUUUGCCGUGUGAUACGUGAGUUUAAAAAUUAAGAGCGAUUAGCUGUUCACUUUGAUAAAAGGUAGUUAGAAGUACCCGCAGGUGUUGAUGCAGUGGCAUGACAGUGACCGUGGACGCUAGCUAGGCUGUAAGAGUAGGGCAUGUGCCGCCCCCGUCGCACUCCGAGACCUGGCGAGGCCCCCCGGGCCCCGGGCUCUCCCCUUAGGAUCUCGCUCAAGUAGCACUUGCUGUGUCGUCUCUGUGAAAUUUUGGCAGUUUGGCUCUUCUCCACUAACCCUUCAGUGGUCAGUGAUUUGUGUAUUUGUGUCUUUCUAACUUCUAAUAAACUCACUCCAACUGACCUGUGUCUUCGUGUCUGUCUGCUUAGUGGGACUUUUCACUUUUUCCAUGGAAUGCGGCAUUGUGUGGCUUCUUGAGGGAGUGGGGCUACUGUUAAUCUUACUAAGUCAUUCGUUCUGAGAAUAAAAGUUGCUACAGACAAUUUUUUUACUCUCUGUUCUUCAUUUUCAUAUGCAGAUAACUGCCAAAUGUUUCACUUAUUAAUGUCUGAGUCCAUUGUGAUGAAAGCUGGGCAGUCUUUUACUUCCCACAAGGUGUUUGAGGGUUUUUAGUUUUUGUACGGAAUGAACAUUCUAUUUCAUUUUCCAACCUCACUUAUAAUCCAACAUUUAAUAAAACUUUUUAAAAACUCACUGAAGGGGCGCCUGGCUGGCUCAGUCAGAAGACCAUGCGACUCUCAAUCUUGGGGUCCUGAGUUUGAGCCCCACCUUGGAGGGUCGGGGAGGGGGGACUUAUAAAUAAAUACAUGAGAAUUUUUACAAAAUUAUAAAAUUUACUAAACAAGCAGUAUACCUAAGGAUUGUAUUUACAUGGAAUUGUUAAAAAGAAGUUGUCUCUGUCAGCUCAGCGUUUGGGGUCCAGUACUGUUACGUGGCCCAGAUGCUUCUGUUUUUAUUAAACGUGGAAUUUGAUUUUGGUGAUCUUCCAAGAAGCAGCCUUCAUUUUCUUAAGACU